AUGGCUCCUCCGGCGCAGUCCUCGCGAUAUCCGUCUCCAUCCCAACCGUCCGGAAAAGGUGAAGUAUCGGAUUUGAGAUUGCAGCUCCGGCAGCUCGCGGGGAGCCGAGCUCCCGGAGUGGACGAUUCGAAGCGCGAGCUCUUCAAGAAAGUGAUCUCUUACAUGACGAUCGGGAUCGACGUCUCGUCCCUGUUCGGCGAGAUGGUGAUGUGCUCCGUGACGCCGGAUAUCGUGCUGAAGAAAAUGUGUUACCUCUACGUUGGCAAUUACGCCAAGGUCAACCCUGAUCUCGCUCUUCUGACUAUUAAUUUCCUUCAACGAGAUUGCAAAGACCAGGACCCGAUUAUCAGAGGGCUUGCCUUGAGGAGUUUGAGCUCGUUGCGAGUGGCGAAUCUGGUGGAGUAUCUGGUAGGGCCUUUGGGUUCCGGUUUGAAGGAUAAUAAUGCUUAUGUGAGGACGGUGGCUGUCAUGGGAGCUGUUAAGCUGUAUCAUAUAUCUGCUUCAACUUGUAUUGAUGCUGAUUUCCCUGCAACUUUGAAGCAUUUGAUGCUCAAUGACUCUGAUUCCCAGGUUGUUGUGAAUUGUUUAUUUGCAUUGCAAGAGAUUUGGAACUCAGAAUCGAGCAAAUCUGAGGAAGCAACGAGAGAGAAAGAAGGUUUAAUCAGCAAGCCCUUCAUAUAUUACCUUUUAAAUAGACUCAGGGAAUUCAACGAAUGGGGUCAGUGUCUUGUGCUUGAGUUGGUCGCCAAAUAUGUGCCUUCAGAUACCAAUGAGAAUUUCGACAUCAUGAAUCUUCUUGAAGAUAGACUUCAGCAUGCAAAUGGUGCUGUUGUGCUGGCAACAAUCAAAGUGUUUCUUCAGCUUACUUUGUCAAUGGCUGAUGUUCACCAGGAGGUGUAUGAACGUAUUAAAGCCCCUCUGCUUACCCUUGUGAGUUCUGGUAGUCCAGAGCAAUCUUAUGCGGUACUAAGCCACCUUCACCUCUUGGUGAUGCGUGCUCCGUACAUAUUUGCUUCAGAUUACAAACAUUUCUACUGCCAGUACAAUGAGCCUUCUUAUGUCAAAAAAUUGAAGCUUGAAAUGUUGACUGCUGUUGCUAAUGAAAGUAAUACUUAUGAAAUUGUGACUGAAUUAUGUGAGUAUGCUGCGAAUGUUGAUGUUCCUAUUGCACGAGAAUCGAUUCGGGCUGUUGGAAAAAUUGCUCUGCAGCAGUAUGAUGUGAAUGCUAUUGUCGACAGGCUUCUUCAGUUUUUGGAGAUGGAAAAGGAUUAUGUAACUGCUGAAGCUUUGGUUCUUGUCAAAGAUCUGUUAAGAAAAUACCCUCAGUGGAGCCACGACUGCAUCGCAGUUGUUGGGAAUAUAAGCAGCAAAAAUGUGCAAGAGCCCAAGGCAAAAGCUGCUCUAAUAUGGAUGUUGGGUGAAUAUGCACAAGACAUGGAUGAUGCUCCUUAUAUUUUAGAGAGCUUGGUGGAAAACUGGGAGGAGGAUGCUCCUGAGGUUCGUUUACACCUUCUCACAGCCAUAAUGAAGUGCUUUUUCAGAAGGCCACCGGAGACUCAAAAGGCACUAGGAAUUGCAUUGGCUGCAGGCGUGGCUGAUUUUCAUCAGGAUGUCCAUGAUAGAGCGUUGUUCUACUAUAGACUACUGCAAUAUGAUGUAUCAAGUGCAGAGCGUGUAGUGAAUCCUCCAAAGCAAGCUGUCUCAGUCUUUGCUGAUACACAGAGCAAUGAGAUCAAAGAUCGCAUAUUUGAUGAAUUCAACAGUCUAUCUGUCGUGUACCAGAAGCCAUCAUACAUGUUCACAGAUAAGGACCACCGGGGACCAUUCGAGUUCUCAGACGAGAUCGGCAAUCUAGCAGUUGGGGUAGAGUCUGAACACGAAGUGCCAGCUACCAGUGUCGAUGCAAAUGAAACCAGUGAUCUGCUUCUGAGUACCACCGAGAAGGAAGAAACGAGAGCAAUGGUCGCUAAUGGCUCUGAUUACACCGCUCCGUUAUACGAUUCUUCUACUCGAGCUCUGCCUUCACAAGGACAAUCUGAGCUGGCAAUUACAAACCUUUUAGGAACAUCAGAUCCAGGACCACAGGCUUCAAUGGCAAUUGAUGAUCUACUGAUGGGCCUAGAUCUUACAGCCCCUCCGGCACCUGCUUCUGCACCGCCUUCAUUGAAGCUCAAUGCCAGAGCUGCUCUAGAUGCAGGAAGCUUCCAGAGAAAAUGGCGGGAACUACCUGUAGCUAUAUAUCAGGAAUGUGAGUUAAGUUCUCAAGGGGCUGCAGCACUGACAUCAGCUCAAGCCCUCCUCCAGCACAUGCAAGGCAAUUCGAUCCAGUGCAUUGCGUCGGGGGGUCAGUCACCUAACUUCAAGUUUUUCUUCUUUGCACAGAAAGCAGAGGAGCCAUCUGUGUUUCUCGUAGAGUGUAAAAUCAAUACCUCAACAGCCAAAGCACAACUGAAUAUCAAGGCUGAGGAUCAAAGCACGUCACAUGGAUUUUCAGCUCUUUUCCAAUCGGCUUUAUCCCGGUUUGGAACGUCCUGA